AAAAAUUACUUGAAGCUUUUGAAAUGUACGACGCGGACGUUUAUUGUAAUUUCAACACGAAGUUAUAUUUACGGGCAGUGCUCUAACAAUUCUUCACAUGAGGAAGAUAAUUCAGCAUAGUAUGCUAUCGUGAAGUAAUCAAGCUUCUGAAGUUGUGGAGUGGCGGUGUUUAAAAAAAGUGUUGUUUAUCAUCGAUCAAAAAUGAGUGGUCCGAUCAUCAUCACCGUUCCCAACAGCUACCUGGCUGCGGAGGAGGAGGAGCUGCAGCUAGGCUCCCCCAUGCCGUCCCGGAAGCGGAAACUGGACCAUCUGUCAUGGGAGGAGAAGAUGCAGAGGAAGAAGCUCAAGAACCGUGUGGCGGCGCAGACCUCGCGCGACCGCAAGAAGGCCAAGAUGGACGAGAUGGAGCACCGCAUCCAACACCUUGAGGAUGUGAACGAGCGCCUCGUCGGCGAGGUGGAGAGCCUCAAGGCUCUGAACGAGAGAUUACUGGGAGAGAACACGUCGUUGCGAGAGGCAGCGGCGCGGCGCGUCCCGGAGGCCCAGCGACCAGCAGCGUCGAGCCCUCAGCAGCAGGAGGGGCCUCCGGGGGCGCUCCGCGCGGCCCGCCUACUCAUAGCGAUGUGUCUCCUCUCGCAGACAUCCUCGCCCACCUCCAGUCUGACGAGUACCUCGAUACCCUCAAUCAACUUGCAGAGUCCCUCCUCCAAGAAAUUGAUUCAGGCAAUCCGGGACCGCCUUCAGAAGGCCCAGCCGAAGGGCAACCUGGACAGUGUGCUGAAGGAGCUGAAGUGGUGGGGCCCGCAGCAGAGCACCUGGAACCCCGUGGAGGUGCAGGCGUGAGCAAGCACGACGUCGACAGAAUACUGGCGCAACACUCAUACGCACAUCCCUACACUGAAGCCUUAGAAACGAAAUCAAAACCAGUGAGCGAGGAAGCCACAGUCAACAAUGACAAGGGAGACAUCUUCUACGCCAAUUGUGAUGAGGAGAACGACUGUGUGACCAUCGAGGUGCCCUGCGAGGACCAGGUGGUUGAGGAAGUGAAGGCUGUGGAGGAAGUGACGCCUAUCUCCAUAGUGACGGACUUUAACUUGACGGAGGAGUAUCCAGAGCUCACAUUUGACAAGGAGAUGCAGUUGCUGUCUCCCAUGAGCCUGUCUCCCAACAAGGACAACCUAUCGGUGUCUCCCUCCCACACAUCUAUCUCGGACUUUGGCUACGAGUCGCUCGGCUCCCCUCUCAGUGAAAGUGAAUCGAUGGACUUGUCAGAUUUCUGGUGCGACUCGUUUACAGAGCUGUUCCCUGGAUUAGUCUGAGCUGACUCAGGGAGCGGUUCUGAAUCCACCCCACCAAAGACUGACUAGUUGAUAAAUUCCGGUUAAGAUUAAGUUUGAAAUUAAUUUUAUUUAUGUAAGUUAUUAUUAUUGAUCAAUGACAAAGUUUUAUGUAAGAUUUAAUAUAUUAUGAGUUAGUCUUUAAGUAUAGGGAUGAUGUAUAAUCAGUGUAAUAAACAGUUUCUCGUCGA